AAACAAUAUUACCGUACCAUCGGGAUCAAACUCGACUGAUAAAUAACGAGGCCAAAGCAUCUCAUCUCUGGAAUGGCAUACGGUGGAAACAACUGGAACGGCUACAACCCGAAUUUUACUGGCGAGCAACAGUUUUUCAACAGUCAGCUCAACCCAGAUGCGCAAGGCCGGCCACCGUGGCACCAGGAAUGGGAUCCAAUUUCUCAAUACUAUUACAAUGGCUCACAGUCAGUGCCCCCAGCUGCAAACAGGACGCCAGCGAGGAACUUCCAAUUCUCUCAGAACAGAGGCCCUAGAAACUUUACUCCCCAGCAAAACCGUCAGCCGCGAAACAAUAACAAUCAGCAGCAGCAAUCACCUGCUGGCGAGCAGCAAGAACGACGUCGGUUAAAACAGAAUCCACGUCCGAAUCCAAACAGUGAGCCUAUCAGGCCCUUGAUGAGUGAAAGCCAAGACAAUCAAGCUCCUGUUGAGACUCCUGAGAGCACUGCUGAAGGUGCCAAAGGGAGUGGAGCAGUGCGGAAAAGAAAUAAAAUUCAACCGCCACGGCCUCAACCUUCAGGUGGCCGUCCAAGACCAGGAAAAAGGUGGAGUCGUGAGGGAGAAGCAGGAAGACAAAAUUCGCAUGGGAAUGGCUAUUUUUACUCGGAGCCUGACAAUUCGUCGACCAAAGAAAACGAGCAACAAAAACCCAUUCCUCCAAAACGACAAUUUAAUCCACCAAAGCCAAAUUUUAGGAAUAAAGACAUGUCACAACGAGAGUUCCUCAUUUACCAAAUGAACGCUGAAAGGUUGGAGUGCAUGGUUUGCUACGAGUCGAUCAAGCACAAGAAUCCGAUUUGGAGCUGCUCCGGCUGCUUCAACCUUUUCCACAUCUGGUGCGUGCAGAAGUGGUCCAGGUCGACUGACGGCGAGGAAGGCUGGCGCUGCCCUGGCUGCAACAUGGGAUACCAGAAGAUGCCCGAGAAAUCGUGCUACUGCGGCAAAACGCUGCAGCAGGCGAGAGACAUGAAUCUGAAAAGCUACAGCAGCAAGCAUUGUUGCGAGGAAAUUUGCUUCAAAAAGCGGCCGAGGGCGGUGACCGCUAAGUUCGAUUGCGAACAUCCGUGCAGCGAGAUGUGCCAUCCGGGUCCUUGCCCUCCAUGCGAAGGAAUGUCUCUCAGACAUUGCCCUUGUGGAAAGAAGUCGACUCGCGUGAAAUGCGGCGUCGACACGGAUUUGCUCUGUGAUAACACCUGCGAUAAGCUGCUUGCCUGCGGCAGGCACAGGUGCCCUGACCAGUGCCAUGCCGGAUCGUGCAGCGAGUGCUUGCUUCCCAUCGACCUAGAGUGCAUGUGUGGCCAAGAGAAGAAGGAAGUUGUGUGCAAGGACGCCCCCAAAGGAGACCUGAGCUGCCACUCAUGCAAAAAACCAUGCGGCAAACAGCUGGAGUGUGGAAAUCAUAUGUGUGCGGAUGAGUGCCACGCUCCUCCAUGUUCACCAUGCCCUCUUUUGCCAGAGAUCAACACGAGGUGCCUUUGUGGCAAAGUUUCCCAGUCUUUGCUGCUGCUGAGCCCGAGAAAGUCGUGCCUUGACCCUGUGCCUCAGUGCCCAAACAAGUGCAACAGAACUCUGCUGUGUGAACACAACUGCCCUGAGAAGUGUCACACAGGUGACUGUCCACCGUGCCAAUUGCAAUCACAGCGGUACUGCGCGUGUGGCUCCUCCAAAAAGAUGAUUCCCUGCUCUCUUGUUGCGUUCGACGCUGUCACUUGCAACAAAAAGUGCACAAAGUGGCUGUCUUGCUUGCGGCACAAAUGCCACGACAUCUGCUGUCGGCGCGAAACGCACGAUUGCCUGCAGCUGUGCAACAAAUUCCUCAACUGCGGUAGACACAAGUGCGACGCCCUGUGCCACACCGACCGAUGCCCACCGUGCCUUCUAGCUAGUUUUGACGAAUUGCGGUGCGAGUGUCAGACGGAAGUAAUUUACCCUCCUGUUCCGUGCGGCACGAGGCCGCCGCAGUGCAGCAAACCCUGCACGAGGAGCCACCCUUGUGGCCACAACAGUCACAAUUGCCACAGCGAGGAAGAGUGUCCGCCGUGCACUGUGCAAGUCAGGAAGUGGUGCAUGGGAAAGCACAAGGAAGUGUAUCCAGUGCUAUGCAACCAGGAGUUUGUGUCUUGCCACCUACUUUGCGGCAAGCCUUUGGAGUGUGGCCAGCACCACUGCAUCAAAAAGUGCCACGCCGGCCCGUGUCUCAAUGAACGGUGCACGCAGUCAUGCACAAAGCAGAGGGCCGAGUGCGGCCACUCGUGUAACUCACCCUGCCAUGGAGCUUCCCCUUGUCCAGACACAAAAUGCAUGUUUGAGUUGAAAGUGACGUGUGAGUGCAAGACAAUUAGCGAAAUCCGUCCGUGCCACAAGCAGCUGGAAGCGUACAAGAAAAAAGUUCAGAUGGAAGCGCUGGUUGAGAACAUGUCUGACCUGAUGCAAGGACACAAGGUGCCUUUGCCUGGUGCCGUGCCGCUGGCCCACUGGACCAUGGUGGUCGGACUCGAGUGUGACCACAAUUGUGCCGUCAAAAAACGCAACGACAAGUUCUUCAUUGGGCUCCAAAUCGUCAAUCCGGACCUUGGGCAGAAACUCAAGCUUGACUACCCUUCAAGCCUGCAAAACUGGGUCGCGCAGGACAAGGAGUUCGUCAAGGAGGUGCAUAAUACUCUUGCUGAACUGGUCCUCUGCACUCAAAAGGGCACCCAGCGAUUCCGAAUGCACAGUUUUGGCGUGAUGAACCAAGCGAAACGCAAAUUCGUACACGAAUAUUCAACCUACUUUGGCCUCACCUCGCAUUCCAUCGACAAGAGACAUUCCAGGAGCGUGGACGUGACUGCUGAAAAGAAUAAUUGCUGGAUUCCAAGUAUAAGUCUGCAUGAAAUGGUCGGAAAGAAACUGAGCCACUCCAAUUCAAAAUCUUCCUUAAGAGAAAUGUCUCGGGCACCCGCUGCAAAACAAGAGGAGCCCGCCGCGUCUGCCCUAGCGAGCUCCUCUUCGACCGUGCUCAGCUACACUCAGGCUCUUGCUGCAAAGAAAAAUUGAAAAUAUUUUCGCAUAAAAGUCAAAAUGGAAUGUUGGUUUAAAAAUGUACAGGUUUUGGGUUGAAAAUGUGCUGUCAUUCCUUGAGCGGUUUCGCACCGCACCACACCGACACCGUGAAAAGUUCCUAACGCCGCAAGGCACAAUAGAAGGAAGCUAUAGUUACGAUUUUGAUACACCAAAAGAGCAUAAUUAGAUAAUAUGACGAUUCUUAGCCGCGAAACGUGUAAUUUACCAUUGUCUUCACUCCCCGUAUCUGUUGAGUACUUUUCAUUUUGUGUUAUACUUUAAAAUCACAUGGUUGCAGCUCCGCUUCUCGAUUUUUUUGUCCCUCCAAAUCACGGUGGUGGGAUUUUAUCAUUGUAUAAAAAACUGUUUCAUAUUGUAAAGGAUUUCCUCCGAAAUAAAGAUGCAAAAAAAUACUACAAGUUAAAA